UCCACACCCUGCCAUUGGGGGAAGGUGGACUGGGACCACAAGUGUCUGGCAGUGUGGACUGGGGCCUUGUCACUGAGGCAGAGUCGCUUCUGGGCCCCGAGGCAGCUGCCCCAUGCUCUGCUGGGCACGGUACCAUGUCCCCACGCUUCCUUUUCCUGCUGAUCAUCUUAGGCCGUGGUGACAGCCUUCCGCUGUGGGAUUCCUCGGGGCGCGAAACCAAGGAAGCCUUGAGCACUGUGCAUCUCCGGGAACGGAGACAGGUGCCUGGGGAAGAUGAUUUUGAUGACCCUGACUAUGUGUAUAGCACAGAUCCCCCAGAAUUGCUGAAAAAUGCCACCAAUCACCCUGAGCUUCUGGCCAUGUCGGCCAUGCAAGAGCAGAGAGUUUCCAUGGGGGCUGGAACCUCUGAGACAGCCACUGUGAAGGUUGCCACCACUGGUCCUACUGGCCCAGAUGCAGGAGGGCCAGCUGUUGGAGUGCUAAGCACAGACUCUGCCACACAGUGGAGUCUAACCACAGGGGAGACGACCAUCCAACCAGCACCCACAGAGGCAAAGACCUCUCAGCCAGCACCCAGAGAGGCAGAGACCUUAAAGCCAGCACCCACGGAGGCAGAGACCUCCAAGCCAGCAUCCAUGGAGGCAGAGACCUCCAAGCCAGCACCCACGGAGGCAGAGACCUCCAAGCCAGCACCCAGAGAGGCAGAGAUUUCUCAGCCAGCACCCAGAGAGGCAGAGACCUCUCAGCCAGCACCCAUGGAGACAAAGACCACCCAGCUUCCCAGGAAUCAGGCUGUAGAAAGUCUGUUUACAACGUCUGCAGCCUCAGAAGCCCCUUCCACAGAACCUACUGCCACGGAGAUGGCGUCCACAGCGUCUAAUGAGUCCACACCGUCUACCACCUUCUUCAGGUCAUCUAUGACUCACAAGGACUUUGGCUACUUACCUGACAGUGGCCUGAAGAAAGGGCUGAUUGUAACCCCUGGGAGUUCGCCGGCGCCAGCCCCAACCCCGCCAGGGACCUCGAAUCUCAUCCCCGUGAAGCAAUGCCUGCUGGUUAUCCUGAUCUUGGCAUCGCUGGCCACCAUCUUCCUGGUGUGCACAGUGGUGCUGGCGGUCCGCCUCUCCCGUAAGACCCACAUGUACCCAGUGCGGAACUACUCCCCCACGGAGAUGGUCUGCAUCUCUUCCCUGCUACCUGAAGGGGGUGAUGGAGUCCCUCUCACAGCCAAUGGCGGCCUGCCCAAGGUCCAGGACCUGAAGACAGACCCCAGUGGGGACCAAGAUGGGGAUGACCUCACCCUGCACAGCUUCCUCCCUUAGCCUAGCCUGCCCCACCCACCUGAGCAAGACCCUUUUGCUGGCUCCAUGCUCACCCACAGGUCACCAAGGCCAUAGAUCUGGGCUUCCUAGGUGAAAUUUAUCCACAGGAGACUUUAGGGAAGGGGCCUUGGACCACUCCAAUCAGGGUCCAGAGCCCCCCAAGGUCCGGAACUUCCCUCUUCGUUCAUGGAUCCUGGUGGCCUCCAGCUAUAGUUAACUGGACUAUACAGUAUCAGUUAAGAUCCCCUACCUAUGUUCUGUUUUGUCUGGAAUCCCCCUCCCCAGUGCCUCCCACCGCUGGUUGCGUGCCUCCCCACAGGUCACUGGAUUCCUGUCCUUAUAUUCUCAAGAAAGACUCAGUUCCCUUGUCCCACUCCCGAAGCCAUCCUCUUGGUUGCCAUGGUUGCCCAAUAAGAAGGAAGCAAGUAUUGGGGAAGGCCACCAUGUCGUGUCUGCUCCUCUCUCCCCGGUGGAGGGACAGCUUGGCUUUCCCAGGCUCCAGGCUUGGAGGGAUGGUUCCUUCCUUUGGGUCUGUGUGAACCAAAGUGUUUCUAUCCAGUGACAAAGUGACCUCACACUGCAGCCUGGCCCAACACAGGCACUCAAUAAACAUAUAAUAAUAAACAAUAAACGGUAGCUGAGUCCUUCA